AUGUCUGAUAAUAGAAGAAGACGAUACCGAAAACCUAAGCAGGAGGAAAAACGUCUUGAGGUACAACCGAAAAUCUUAUUGAAAUCCAAAACAGAGCAGAAAAAUGAGACGGACACAGCACCUUCAUCCUCCCAGGCCAAACCACCAGAACAAACUUCCAAUGUCCAACAGAUACCACAUAAAACAAUUAUAUUUCAAAAAUCCUCAGCCCAAAGUCCUAACAUAAGCCCCAACAUUACUGCCCAGCAGCAACAACAUAUUACCACAACGGAAUCGCAAAACAUAGUUGAACCAGUCUAUCAAAUGAGUCGUCCAGCCACUGUGAUAUCAUCGACCGGCACAAUAAAUGUCGGCACCAAAAAGUUAUUAAUGAAAGCCAAUACCGAUUUUUUGGUAGUGGGUGUUGUGGGCACCCAAGGUGUUGGGAAGUCGACAAUUUUAAAUUUGCUGGCAAACGAACAGCUAGAUUUCGAUUAUUAUCGCAAGGUGUUUGUGGAGGAGGAUUCCACUUUCCCCACUAAGCUCAAGGCGAACAAAUGUUCUGCUCGUUCGCGGACAGAGUCUACACAUUUAUUUAUUACCUCCGAUCGCAUGAUUUUAUUAGACACACCGCCAGUUAUGUCAAAUGCCUAUAAGAAAGAUUUAAUCAACAACGAACUGGAAGAUUUGGAUAGCAUUAUAACCCUAAUGUCAGUGUGCCAUCUGCUUAUUGUAGUGCAGGAUGAUUAUUUCAAUUUAAGUUUUUUAAAUCUGCUAAGAUUGGCUGAGCUAAUGAAACCCUCUGCUCCCGACAUAAAACCCAACUUCCUGCCUGAGUAUUUCCCCAAUGUAUUGUUUGUUAAAAAUCGUGCCAAACGUUUAGAUUUUGCCCCAGCCAACAAGACCUGUUUAGAUCAAAUGUUGAAAGCCUUUUUUAAAGAUUCGAAGCUGCGUAUCUUUAGAGGGGAAAUAAGUGAUGCCUAUCCCAUGCCGACAGCACAACAAACGACAACUCAGAGAAAUAAGAAAAAUCGUUCUAAUGAAAUGGAUUUGGAAGUGAAUAGUUUUCUAUUUCCUGAAGUCGUGUCUGAAGCGGCUACCACGUAUCACGAUUCAUUAAGUGAUAUUGUUAAUAGAUUUCGUACCCAAGUUUUUACCACACCCCGUAAUCCCAUGUAUACUGGCCCCACUGAAUUGAACGAGGAGAUUUGGUUUGAUUGGCUGACCAAAGUGUCACAGGACAACCAUAAUUUCUUCUUUAGCACUUAUGAAGAUAUUCAGCGUAAAUAUUUAGAUGCUGGGGCAAAUGAAAAAUUAGCUGCGGGUGUGAGUGGGGGUGUCGGUUCGGGCGUCAGUAGUUUUAAGGAUAUGGAUAAUUGGAGAGAAUAA